AUGGAUCUGGACGAGACAAUGACCACAUCCACUUCCUCCUCACCGUCCGCGCUCCACGACAUCAUCGACGCCGAGGAAGGGUUCGAAGACGACAGCCUCUUUCCCGAGGACUUGAACAAUGGCGCAGACAACCCUCUGAGCGACCGUCCUCAUACUCCUGCAAACGACCACCUCAACGCAGCCGCACUGGGCGAACUGUCACCACCACGAUCUCAUGGGCAGGGCCAAGGCGCAGACACCACAGCACAACAACAGCAGCUUCCCAGCACAUCACAAACAAUGGCCAACGGCUCAGCGACGCGCAGCUCAGCGAGGGCUACAGCUGUGCCGACGGAGUCUGAAGCAGCAGGACAGGGGCAGGCAACGUCGACAUCACCAGAUGAGCGAGACGGUGCAGGCAAGCCUGGCUGGGCAUGGCGCAACAAGAAGGCACAGGAGGAGAGGCAGCGCGCGUGGGAUAACGUUGUCGACCGAGAUUUCAGUCUCAAAGAGUUUGGGGAUGUCAUGUUACAGGGCCAGGCGCAGAGAUCUAGUUAA